AUGAGAACCGAUGAAUUUUUACUAUUAACUCUACUCCAUUUAGUGAUGCUAUACCUAAUAAACUGGACCACAUUUGUAGAUUUGCAUAUAAGUACCACGCAAGGUUUAUUAGUGUUGACUGCAGUUGUGGCACAAGGAUCUCCAGUUUAUUUGAAUAUCUGGCGUAGGUGUAGAGACCACUUCAAAGGGGGUAAUCCUUUUGAUGACCAAUGUUUUGAAAUGAUAACUUCUGAGAUUGCUAAGUUAUCUCUAACUUUAGCAGGUUUGGGUUAUAUAACAGGAUGGUAUAAACGUGAUAAUAGUGUAAGUAACAGGCAAUCUGUUUGUACGCUGGUGACGUACAUUUUGCUAUUAUCAUCAACUAUUUUAAGUACACUCAUGCUAUUGAAGAUCUCAAUGAAGUGGUCCCCCAUUAAACAAGCGUGA